AUGCCUUGCCAGCUGGGAAUGCUUGGGAAAGAUUCACCGAAUGCUUGGGAAAGAUUCACCGUACAAUACAACGGCGAAGCUUUUCAUCCCAAUCAGUUUGAUGUUCACCAGGGCAAAAUGUGUAAGGGCGAACCGUAUACCAGAGACCAAUGCGAGCUUGCCAACUGCAACGGAUGGUCAGGCGUCACCCAGCAAGACUGCCAGGACAAGUGCCACAACAACGAGAAGCCUGUUGGUUGUCAGCAGGACUUUCAGUGCGUCGCUGCGGUGUUCGAAGCACCCAACUGGUGUCAGCUCUACUCAACUUGCACAGAGUUUCAUGUCGACAGCAAUGCAGUUUCGAUAGUGAAAAAACCCAGCCCCUUUUUCUUGCAGAUGGUCGACGGAGAUGAGACAUGCCGAGGAUCCAACGGAACUGAGAGUGAGCCACACCCGCCUGAAGCCACCCUGGCGACGGCGUUGCCUUUGGCUAUCAUCAACUUGACAAACUUCUCAGGGCUGAUCACCACGAGAAACUUGUCGCACAUGGGAAUGGAGCACCAUUUUGGGAACCUCGGCUCGGAUCUUCAGCUGUUGUAUGACAAAGUGGAAGGCUUCUACAAAGCCCUCCAUGAAGUGAUGGGGGAGGAUGCGGAGGUUCUCUGCCCACGCAACAACUACAUCUUCAUCGAACAUUGCCUGAAAAUCGCAACUUGCCUCCUGGAUCCUAUGGUGAAAGCUGGUCAAGUCCCCAUGGCCUUCUAUGCAUCCAUGCUCGAACAGCUCGUGAACUUUGAAAUUACUUGGCAAGGCCUCGUUCAGGCUUUGGCGGAGGAAGGAAAUGUGACCAUUGUGACACCAGUUCAGCAUGAGUCCAGCAAGUACCACUGUGACCUCUUUGACACAGCGGAUGGGACGACUCUGGCAGUUCCAAUCACGAACACUUCACUCCUUUCCCUGCGCCAUCAGGACAAGAGCCUGUCUCACCAGGAGGGCCAGGAGGGCCAGGAGGGCCAAGAGGGCCAGGAGUCUCAGGCAUUUGCCACGGCAGCUGCCUUGAGUCACGCCGUCAGGGCCACCCAUGAGCUCUUGGACUCGCUGGGUGAUGCCUCGGGUGACGCGAUGGGUGACUGGCAAACUCAAAAUGCAUCCAUGGAUUUCCAGAGGAUUAAGAAGCAGUUCCAGUCGCAGUGGGACGCCAUGUGGCUUCCAGUCUGUCGGAAGAUGAAUUGUGACCACACGAACUUCUGGGAUAUCAUUCUGUCCAGCUAUGGGCAGACCAUGGCACUAAUGCAAACAGGACCACGAGCCUUUGCCAAGGUAAAGGCUGAGAUCCGGAACAGGGCAGCGUUGCAGCGUCGCUUUCAAGAACGGUUGGCAGUUCACCCAGUGUCUCUGAUUCAGGUUUGGCGUAGAGAUGAUGCGCAGCGCUCUUCACUGGGCAGUGCCGAGGCCUACGGCCAUGCUGGGCAUUUGGCGGUGCGCGGCUUCCUGAAGAAAUUCGCGAUGAAGUCACCACAGAGGGCAAUGACUUUGGUUGACAUCGUGGAAUUCGAAAAGUCCAAGAACCAGAAGAACGAGAACGAGAAGAACGUCCAAGGACUUCUUCCGGUUCCGGACAACACCAGUGCCGCUGCCAGCUCUUUCCUGCAAAGUGACAGAAGUGACAGCAUCGCACUUUGGGACUUCUGGAAAAAACUCACUGCUUGCUUUGGAAGCUUCUCGAAGGUGUACUGUCAGGGCUACUUCAUGUCUUGGCCUGCCAAGAUCAGCACAUCCUUUGGAUUGGCGGGCGGAUCUUCCCAUGGACUGGAAGAUUUGAUCAACAAGCUGCAGCCAUCGAAUUUUGUGUCGAUUUGGGGUGCGGUGAGCGUUGGCCAGUCCAUUGCCCAAUUCUGGGCAGGCAUCAGCAUUAGCUUUUCUGUCAGUAUGGGUUGUCCCAACAAAGGGGUCGAGUUCAGCAUCUCUAUUGGAGCUAUGGUGGCAGCAAUGAUACAAUGGUACAAUCCGCUCAUUUGCCCCUUCGGGCCCACUUUCUUUGGAAACCCAUUCAUCCCUUGCUUCCAGGCCUUUGGUGGAACCUUCACCGUAUUGUGUUGCGCCUUCAAUUUGGUCACGGGAGACAACACGUGUGCCAUGCACGACGUGCUCGCCACUUCGCUUGUGCCUUUGAGGACACACCCGCGGCUGGGGCUCGUUGACCACGUGGCCUGCAAUCCUUUGGGCACAGCAACCUCCGCAGUUGAGCUUUGGGUUGACGCUGUUGAUGCACCAUCCUUGCUGCAACAGCUGAAAGACUGGUUCUGGGCACAGGAUGGUUUCGCAGACGAUGCUUUCGCUUUUGCAGAGCAAUAUGUAGACUUCUUUCAGGCCGCCAAGUACUACUUGGACAACGGGGGUGAAGAGCAUCCGCUGGACUGGAAGGAGCUGCAUCAGCACUUCGUGGCACAAUUUGAAGGGCGCUUGGAGGCCUUUCUGGCUUCAAGAGGUUCGGAUCUUGAGGGCUUGGAGGCUGCCUUGCAGUCCACUGAGCUUGAAAGCGAUGAGCAGGCCAAAGUCAUGCUGGAGCUCAUGCUGAACAUCUCUGACUACCAGCCUUGGUUAAAGUCAAUGCUUUCCUUGGCAGAUGAGAGGAAUCGUGGUGAAACUGCCCACGAGGAUCCAGAACCUCCCGACCAAGGAUGGAAUCGACCAGGAUUACCUCCAGCAGCUGAGCUGGCUGCUCGAAUCGGCGCCCGCCUUGGGGACGGUGCCGGUGGAGCCGGUGGAGCCGGUGGAGCCUCUCCAGUGCCGGUUUUCUUUUAUGGUGCAGCGCGGGAGGACUUAAGAUCUCUGGCAGAGUUACGUCGAUGCCUCGGGUACUUCAGUGGUGCGGCCAAAGGAGAAUGGUCCGGCCUGUCCCACGAAAUGAAGACGGCCAUCGUGCAAUUGCCGGCUGAUCGAGGUCCCGUGGGCCAGGUAGAUGAUCGCCAUGGCGUAGCGGUGGUGGGAGCAGUGCCAUGGGUGCACAACUACAAUCUCCUUGUCGUUGCAGACUUGGAAGAGGCUGAAGUAAUGAGGCGAUGUCGAAGGAUUGCCAAGAGCAUUAGCGAAAGAGGUGGUGGCUUGGACAAAGUCGAGACCAUGGCACUUCCUCACGAGAAGGGUGUCGAGGUCGCUUGCAAUCUCCUGGAUGCAGACAUCACCCCGCCAGCAAAGGUGCACUCACAAAACCCUUUCAAACGAUCACGCCUCUUGGCAGAACCAAAGCCAUGCAAAGGCUGCAAAGGACAACGAGCAAGGCACUCUUUUAUGGAAGCUGCAAUUGGCAUAAAGCGGUACAAAUGA